AAGACCACCCCCGGCUCCGAAAGACGAACUUAUUGUUGUCCGCGUCUGUCGCGUCCACGUUGAUUCGAUCGGUUUCGGCGUCGGUGUGCUUUGAAGUUUCGUUCACGUGUUAGUAAGUCAGUCGCGAUACAAGUCACUGAACAAGCACGUGAGAAAAUGCAGGGCACGAUAAUCGAAAAUCUGAGCGGCAAGAAGCUCUCGUUGCUUGUGAUACUUUUGAUAAUUGCACAAAUAGUUUGUUUUUUGAUAGGGGGUUUAAUUGCGCCUACACCUGCCAGUAGUCAGAACAUUCUUGGCACGCAAUGUAAAGAUACUAGUAUUAAUGGAUCUGAUGAAAACAAAUGGUUUUACUCAAGAGGAAAUGGUUCUUGUACUUCAGUUGACGAUACACAUUUUAGUUCGGACACUCAUCAACAACCAUAUCAAAUUGUGUAUACAUUUCAGAUGCCUGUACCUCGAAACAAUUUAGAUCUUGAUUACUCAAGAUGGCAGCAAAAUUUAAUAGGAGUUUUACAAGUGGAUAUACGUUAUAAUAGCGAGGUUGAAAUUGCUCGUAGGACAUUGAUAACAUUGGAUGCACGAUUAGCCUAUCGAAGCAAGGAUCCACAAGAUGUAUGGAAACCAUAUGCUUCUUCUACUGUGGAGAGAAUUUUAGAUUGCAGCAUAGAUAUGCCACGAGAACAAUAUAAUUACAAUUGCAAAGCUAUGCCAUUGUUUGAAUUAGGAUCUUUAUACCAUGAUUAUUACUUGUUAAAUAUUCGUCUUCCUUCUAAUACUGGUAAAAACCAGGGAUUGGGACGUAUUGUUGAUUUAUGGCUUACAGCUAUUAAUCAAAACGGUGGGUUCACAAAAGUAUGGGUGAGUCUGAAAACCGUUUAUUUCCCCAUAGUGCUAGGUGUUUUGACUUGGUAUUGGAAAAGAGUGUACAUGCUAUCCAGAUCGCCUGCACUUUUGGAAUAUAUGCUCUUAACCUUGGGUUCUGCCUUAACAUUUUUAAACUUGCCCUUAGAAUACUUGACACUUGCUUAUGAUAUGCCAUUUAUGCUUUUGCUGGGUGAUAUUCGACAAGGAAUAUUUUAUGCAACAUUGUUAUCAUUCUGGCUUGUGUUUGCUGGUGAACAUUUAAUGAUUCAGGAGGGUGAACAAAGCAAUUCUUUAAAAUGCUAUUGGCGACAUCUCUCUGCAGUAGGUACUGGAUGUCUCUCACUAUUUAUAUUUGAUAUGUGUGAACGCGGUGUACAAUUGAGAAAUCCAUUCUACUCGAUUUGGGUUACUGAUAUUGGAACAAAAUUGGCAUUAUCCUUUAUUAUUUUGGCUGGAAUAUCAGCUGGAAUAUACUUGCUGUUUUUGUCUUAUAUGAUAUGGAAAGUAUUUAAGAAUAUUAGCGCAAAGAGGGCUGUUUUACCCAGCAUGAGUUCGGCACGACGUCUGCAUUAUGAAGGAGUUAUAUAUCGUUUCAAAUUCUUGAUGAUUGCUACAUUAUUAUGCGCAUCAUUAACUGUUGUUGGCUUUAUAUUAGGACAGGUUGCAGAAGGUCAAUGGAAAUGGGAUGAAGAUUUAGAGUUGGAAAUGACUUCUGCUUUCUUUACUGGUGUAUAUGGUAUGUGGAACAUUUAUAUCAUUGCAUUAUUAUGUCUCUACGCUCCUUCUCAUAAGCAAUGGCCAAUUGAACCAUCUGAGAACAGUAUUAGCGAGGAAAUUGAAUUUUCUCCCUUGCCAACUGAUCCUAAUGAAAUGCUGUCUCUAACUGCAUUUGCACGAAAAACUGCAGUAGAGUAAAGUACAUAUUUUUAUUUGUAUAUUUGUAAGCAGCAGAAAGAGAUGGCAAGUUCUUAUAUUUAAUGUACUUAAUUGUUAUAAUUAGAAUUUAUAAAUAGAACUAUAUAUUAGAUUUUUCACUAUUUAUUAGGAACACAAUGACUGAUAAUAUUUCUAUAAUAACAAUUUUAUAUG